AAAACCGGAUGACCGGACCUGAUGUACAUUUCUGUAGAUUGUACACACAAUACACACAUCUUUAGAUAAUCUGGCCAUGGCAGGUAAAUAAAAUAACCCCGAAUCACACUAGAUUAGCCUAAAUCCAUGUCUAUCUCUUUCUGUAACUGUGGGUUCAGCUUCUAUUAGGCCGACAAAAAAAGUUCGCGGGCCACGAGGUUGGUGUUAGUACCGCGUAGGCUCGUACCGAUCGUCAAACUCGUCAAAACAUGUCUCCAUAUACUCACGUAAAUUUUCGCUCCAAAAUGUGAAGAAUCGUCGUCAUUCACUGCUCAAACAAAUAAAAUAUGAGAUAUACAACAUCGUUUCUUUCUUGUGCACAUGUAUUCAAUCCAUUCGUACGAGUUGGAAAUCAUUUAUGCCGCCUUAAACACAGAAAUUCUAGCGCUCACAUCGACGAAGACGACAACAAAGCGGCCAUCUUGGAUCCUAUUGUGAAGUCUCGCGGUUUCUCGCCCCCCCCAAAUCUCGCGAGAUGCAAUUAUUGACAUUCUCGCUAGAGGGCGCUUUACCAUCUGCUGCGCCCGCGAUGUGAUUGGCUACAAGUAACAAGCGCAUCAUAUUUCACAGACAGACACGAGGAGAGGGGAGGUAAUGAGUACAGUAUUGAGCCAUGCCAAAGUGCAAGAAAAGCAAGGUUUGGAGUCACAUGAGGCAGCUGCCGGAUGGCAAGGCGAUGUGCCACCACUGCAACAAUAUUAUUGUGGUGUCAGGUGGUACAACAAACCUUGCCCGGCACCUGAGAAGAAACCAUAACAUUGAGACCCAGCCCCAUCCUGCAGGGAAGGUCAUGCAGAAGUUGUUCAUGGGUCUUUCAGCUGCUCCAGCCCAAAGUCCUACAGCUGUGUGCGAGACUGUGUCUAGUACUACGACUACGAGUACUUCUGUUUCUUCAGACAACAACCUACCUCUGCCUCCCCUACCUUCUCUGGCCACAGUGGCCUCUUCUUCCAGUGCCAGUGCCAGCCCAGUGACCCCAGUCCGAGUAACCCCUUUCACCCUGGCUAGGCAGGCCAGGAUGCCCGAGUACAAGAAGAGUAUGAUUACUGCUAAAGUCUGUCACUACAUUGUGAAAUCAUUGCGUCCUUAUCACACUGUUGAAGACCCGUACUUUCGUGCGAUGGUUCAUGAGAUGAAUCCUGCCUAUCAGUUACCCACCAGGCAUGACGUAAGUGAGCGCUUAGUCCCAGCCAUGUAUGAUGCAGCGUUAGAGGCACUGAAGAAAGAUUUGUCUGCUGUGGACUACGUCGCGCUCACUGGGGACGGUUGGACAUCCAGGGUUGCAGACCAUUAUAUGACUAUAACGGUACAUUAUCUUAAGGACUGGGAAUUGCAGUGCAAGGUCCUGCAGACGAUCAAGGGUGAAGUUCAACAGACAGGCAACAACAUCACUGCAGAAAUUGACGAAUGCCUGGAAAACUUCGAGCUUGCUGGAAGAGUCCGCGUAAUGACCACGGACAAUGCAAGAGCUAUGUUGUAUGCCACAAACAAGGCUGGUGUGACAACCUCCCUUGGCUGUUUUGCCCAUACACUAAAUCUCACUGCUCAGAAAAUGCUGAAUGUGAAAGGUUUGCAAUCUCUGCUGGGCACAAUCCGACCGGUAAUCACGUACUUCCGGAAAUCCUACAUUGCCAAACUCGUCCUGAAGGAGAAGCAACAAGCUCUACAAGUGCCAUGUAACAGUCUCGUACUUGACUGCAAAACCAGGUGGAAUUCCACUUUCUUCAUGAUUCAAAGGUUCAUGGAACAAUAUGCUGCAAUUAUUGCAGCUACACUUGAUACAAGAAUCAAACAGAAACCAGAGUUCAGGAAAGUGCAGCAACUGGAAACCACAACAGUUGGGAAGCUGGACGCGUACCUCAAAGUAGCUGGACUUUUGCAAAAGAUGACGCAAGUUAUGUCUAGUGAGAAGAAGGCAACAGCUGGCAUGGUGCUGCCCAUGUUACAAAUGCUGACAGAGCACUUCAAACCAGGCUCGUCAUCCAAGGAAAGAGAAGAAGAAGGCGAUGACGACAAGUCUAAGGAGGUGGAGGCUUUCACCGAGCGUCUGAAGGCUGCUGCCCUAGAAGACCUGAACAAGAGGUACAAGGAUGAAGAGGAGUUAGAUUUCUUGCAGGAGGCCACAGCAAUGGACCCUAGGUUCAAGGGCACAGUGAAGGAAGAAAGUGUUUGGGCAAGACUGUGUGAAAAGGUAACAGUCCAAAGUGCCUCCAUCAAGAGAGAGCAAGAGCCAGAGCAAGAGUCUGAUGUCCAGCGAGUGAAGGAUGAAAUGAAGCCAAUCAAGCCAUUGAAGGUAGAGGUCAAGGAAGAACCCAAGGCACCAAAGACCUUACUGGAGGAAAUUUUCAAUGACGAUAUCGAGAUCACCUCUGUUCAGCCUCCUACGCCAGUAGCAGUCCGAGCUCACCAAGAGCUCGGAAAGUACAGGCAAAUGCCCAAUCUGCCAAAAGCUGGUGACCCCUGUCAGUUUUGGAAGGGUAAAAUGGAAGAACUGCCCCUGUUAGCUAAGUUUGCCAGGCAGUACUUGAUCGCACAGGCAACUAGCGUGGCAAGUGAGAGGGUAUUUAGUACUGCAGGAGAUGUAGUAAGUGCGGAGAGAGCCUGCCUAGACCCGGAGAAUGUUAACAUCCUGAUCUUCCUGGAAAAAAAAACACAUAAGUGAAACUGUUAGUAGUGCUAGUAUUGUCAUUCCGAUUGUGUUCCUUCUUCUUAUAAAUAUGAAGCUGACUUUGAAAAGUUAGAGGAGCAGAUUAGCAGUCAAACUCAAGUUAAACUCCAUUGUGUUUAUUACAAAUAUGAAGCUGACUUUAAAAAGUUAGAGGAGCAGAUUAGCAGUCAAACUCGAGUUAAACUCCAUUGUGUUUAUUACAAAUAUGAAGCUGACUUUGAAAAGUUAGAGGAGCAGAU